AUGCUUGUCAUCGUUGCAUCUAUGUGGGGCAUGGACGAGGUGGCCAUCUUCUACGUGCCCGCUGCCCCUCUAGAGAAGAAGAGCAAGACCGAGGGCCAGCGCGUCCCGCGGACGCAGGCUGCCACACCCUUGCUUCUGCGGCGCUUCAGCAUCGUGGAGGCCGGAGAGGCUUAG